AUGGAUAGAGGAGACAUUUGGAUAGUUGACGCCUUGGAAGGCAUCCUCCCCCCACAGGCUCUGACCCUCGUGCGGGACCACAUCCAGCACCCGCAGCUCAUCCUGCCCUCGCUCUGGGAGCAGACCUCGAAGCUCACCCACACGGUGGCGGCGUCGCUCUCGCCGCUGCUCUCGCCGCUGCUCGCCCGCGCCGUGCGCGCCCUGCACGACUCGCCCGACCUCGUCGUCCUCGCCUUCCUGCUCGCCGUGUUCGUGCUGGCGCUGCAGAUCGUGUCGUGGAUCCACCGCGCCGCCCUGCUCGCCGCCCGCCUUGCCUUCCGCGCCGCCGCCUGGGCUCUGCUCGCCGCCCUCGUCGCCGUCGUCUGGCGCCGCGGCCCCGAGGCCACCGCCCGCGACCUCGCCGUCCUCGUCGGCCGCCUCGCCGGCUACGCCGCCCUCGUCCGCGACAUCUGGUGGUCCGAGUACCAGCGCUUCGACGCCCAGACCCGCCGCUCCGCCGCCGCCGGUGCUACGAGCGCCGCCGGCUACGGCCAGGGCGCUGGCGCCGCCGCCGGGUACACGAGGGCCGGCCGCGGCGGCUGGUGA